CAAACCGUGGUCACAUGACCGCCCUCUUUUCAGAGGCUGGGAAUCAGGGGAGGCAGCAACAAGUUCAGCUGCAGACCGAGGCGAGAGCUGGGCCAGGUGACACCACAGCAGCCUCGGGGACCUUGGCAACUAUGGCCUCCUGCCCAGACUCGGACAAUAGCUGGGUGCUCGCGGGCCCAGAGAGCCUGCCUGUGGAGACCCUGGGCCCGGAAUCCAGGGUGGGCCCGGAACUUCAGAGCGCGCCCCAGGCCCCUCGGAGCCCCUUCAAGGCAGAUAGUGAAGAAUUAGAUGGGACCUCGGAUGGCGCAGAGACCAUCUUCCCGAGUGGGAGCGCCCGGUCUGACGCCGUCCUGCCAGAAGAGGCUGAGGUCAAGGAUGUCCCCGACGAGGAUGGUCGUGGUGUGGCGUCCCCGGGCCUAGGAGACACAGCGGCCCAGGGAGACCUGGAGGAGACCCCCGUGCUUGCAGACCUGGCACCGGACACACAGGACCUGGAGGGCCAGAGCCCGCAACAGAGCCUGCCCUCAUCCGCCAGCGCAGCCUGGGCUGAGGGGCAGGCCCACUGCACCAGCAGCGAGGACGACACGGAUGUGGACGUGGAGGGGCUGAGGCGACGGCGGGCCCGGGACCCCAGCCCUCUGCAGCCUGAGGAGCUGGGCCUUUCCCUCAACAUGUGCCUCCUCGGGGCCCUGGUUCUGCUGGGCCUGGGGGUCCUUCUCCUCUCUGGUGGCCUCUCCGACUCCGACUCCGAGAGUGGGCCCGCUGAGGAAGUGGAACCGCGGGUCUCCCCAGAUGCCGUGCUGGGUGCUGGGAUGCUGGGCGCCGUGGGGGAUGGGCAGGAUGGCUUACGGCAGCAGCUGCAGGCCUCAGCGCUCCCUGACAGUGUCCCCGACCUGCAGAACAUGGCCCUUCUGCUGGACAAGCUGGCCAAGGAGAACCAGGACAUCCGGCUGCUGCAGGCCCAGCUGCAGGCCCAGAAGGAAGAGCUUCAGAGCCUGAUGCGCCAGCCCACGGGGCUGGAGGAGGAGAACGCCCAGCUCCGUGGGGCCGUGCAGCGCGGCCAGGCCUCCCAGCGGGCCCUGGAGGCCGAGCUGCAGCAGCUGCGGGCCCGGCUCCAGGGGCUGGAGGCCGACUGCGUCCGGGGCACAGACGGGGUGUGCCUCAGCUGGGGCAGAGGCCCGCAGGGUGGCAGGGUCACCAAGGAGGAAGGCCCCAGGGGGCAGGAGCCGGGACCUGGCUUCCCGCAGCAGAAGGGAGGGCUAGAGGCGGAGGUCCAGGCACUGAGGCACGCGUUGGAGAGGCAGCAGCGGCUGCUGGGGUCUGUGCAGGACCUGGAGCGGGGCGUGGGGGACGCAGGCCGCGGGGACCCAGCCCACACGGGCCUGGCCCAGAAGCUGCAGGGCCCGGAGGGCUGGGGCCAGCACCCUGGGCUCUCUGCCAAUGCGUCGGAGGCCUGGCAUCACGGGCUCCCCUUCCAGAGCUCCAGAGAGCGCGGCGGAAAGGAGAAGUGGGGGGCUGGGCGGGGGGCCCGGAAGGCUGAGCACUGGAAGCAGGAAAAGGAGGAAUCUGGCCGGGAAAGCAAGAAGAGCUGGGGGGGUGGGUGGGACAGGGAGCCAGCAGGGCGGUGGCGGGAGGGCAAGCCGAGGGCGGAGGAGUGGGGCAGCAAGAAGGAUGGUAGGCGGCGGGGCCCCGAGGAGCCCCCCAGGAAAAGCGGGAGCCCCCACCCCUCCAGAGAACGGCAGAAGCACCCGCGGGGGAAGGAGGGGGCUGAAGACGGGCACGGUCCCCUGCCACUCUGGGCAGAGCUGUCCAGGCACAAGUACCGGGCGCCCCAGGGCUGCUCAGGCGUGCUCGAGUGUGCCCGGCAGGAGGGCCUGGCGCUCUUCGGCGUGGAGCUGGCCCCGGUGCGGCGGCAGGAGCUGGCCUCUCUGCUGAGGACGUACCUGGCGCGGCUGCCCUGGGCCGGGCAGCUGACUGAGGAGCUGCCCCUCUCGCCUGCCUACUUCGGCGAGGAUGGCGUGUUUCGCCACGACCGCCUCCGCUUCCGGGACUUUGUGGAUGCCUUGGAGGACAGCCUGGAGGAGGUGGCCGUGAGACACACAGGUGACGAUGAUGAGGUGGAUGACUUCGAGGACUUCAUCUUCCGUCACUUCUUUGGAGACAAAGCCCUGAAGAAGAGGUCCCGGAAGAAGGACAAACACUUUGCGAGCCCCAGAGUUGUGGGACCCCGGGAGGAGCACAGCCACCACCUCAGGGGCUGAGGAGGCGGUUAUCUGACCCCUGGGGACUGUUGAACUGCCAUGUCUCCUGGCUUGGUCUCUGUCAUUGGAUGACCUUCACAGAGGAGAGCGAAACCACCCAGCUCUGCACCGUGCCACUUUUGCUAGAAAAGGCCUCAGCUGGGCCUGCCUUGCUGUCUAUGCAAAUGUAUGCAAAUGUAUGCAAUUAAUCAGGGCCAUGACCCUUGGCGGUCUGAUGGUGUCACUGCAGUAUAAAAGGGGCCCUGGUGUUUUGGGGGUGAGGGGCGGCAUUCCGAUUCUGAAGCCCAGCUUUCCGUGUGUGUGUGUGUGUGUGUGUGUGUGUGUCCAUCCCCAGGCUGGGCCAUUUCUGGGUACCCCCUGUUGUGCCCCCUGGGGUUUGAGAGAUGCUGGCCUGAGGCCUAGCUCAGGGCUGCCCCUGGGGCUGUGUUAGAUCCGCAGGCAGCUGUCCCCAGGGGGCGAAGUCCCCUUUCACCCUGGCUUCCCACGUGGCCUCACCUCCCGUUUGAGCUGCACACGCGGAUCCCAAUAAAAUGCUGUUGGAGCCGCGA